CCAACCUAAACCAAAAGCAAGAAAAAUAAAUAAACUCAGACACGAAUAGCGCGGGGGAAAUCAAAUCGAAUGCAAAUGGCGAAGAAAUGUCUGAAGAAUGUUGGAGGCGCAGAGCGUUCAGCGUAUUUUGCACGGAGAGAGGCCGCCAACGUACUGCGGUGCGUUCUCAAGGGCGAUGCCCAGCGCAGGGCGUCUGCCUCCAUCCAAUCCCUCGUCUACCGCCCCUCCGUUCGCAACAAGAAGGCUACCUUUGCUCUCGUCUGUCAAACUCUAAAAUAUCUUCCAAUUUUGAAGAUGGUUUUAGCAGAUAUCAAUCUUGCGAGCUGCAAGUGGAAGGCGCAAGCUGAACUGAUAUAUAUAAUUACAUAUGAUAUUCUUUUUGGACAGAAUGUGGUUUCAAUAGGGGAUGCUGAAAGCUUUGUGGGGUCUCGGAAGAAUUCAUUGCAAACAGCAUUAGCUCGUAUAUGCAUGAAAGAAAAUGUUAAAUUUCCUGAAGAUUUGUUGCCAAAAGAUAAUCAAGGGAUUGGUCUUUCCAAACCUCGAUAUGUUCGUGUCAAUACUCUGAAAGGGGACAUGGAAUCUGCUCUGCAGAUUCUACAAAAGACAACUCAGGUGAAACGAGAUGAUUUAAUUUCAGACUUAUUGGUUCUUCCAGCGGGGACAGAUUUGCAUGAUCAUCCUCUUGUAUUGAAUGGAAAUUUAUUUUUACAAGGAAAGGCUAGCUGCAUGUCUGCAGUUGCUCUCAGCCCACAUCCUGAAUGGGAGGUCCUUGAUGCUUGUGCUGCACCAGGGAAUAAGACUAUCCAAUUGGCUGGACUUAUGAAAGGAAGGGGAAAGGUUUUUGCAUGUGAGCUGAAUGAUCAAAGAUUAAAGAGGUUGAGAGAAACAGUGAAACUUUCAGGAGCUUCCAAUGUGGAGAUCGUCCAUACUGACUUUUUGAAGCUGAGGCCAGAUGCAGCAAAGUUUUCAAAGGUUCAAGCCAUUCUUUUAGAUCCAUCUUGUUCUGGGUCAGGAACAACUUUGCAGCGUUUGGAUCAUCUACUUCCUUCACAUGUUGCAGGUCAUGGCAAGGACACUACAGAAUUGAAGAGAUUAAAUAAUCUUGCAACUUUUCAAAGGAAGGCACUUUUACAUGCUCUCUCCUUUCCAUCUGUUGAAAGAGUUGUAUAUAGUACGUGCUCCAUUCAUCAAAUAGAGAAUGAGGAUGUUAUUAGUUCUGUUAUUCCUCAGGCUCGUGCUUACAAUUUUGAGUUGGAAACACCAUUUCCUGAAUGGGCACACCGAGGUCUCCCAGUUUUUGAAGAAGCUAAGCACCUCCUGAGAACAGAGGGAGCUGGGGAUAUGGAGGGUUUCUUUAUUGCAUUAUUUGUACGACAAUGUGUAAAGCUUGAGCACCUGGAUAGUUCUGGAGAUCUGAUUGAAACACGUACUUCACAUUCCAAACUGGUGUCAAGUCGAAACCAUAAUGCUCUUAUGACAAAAGAAAAGCCUGCAAAAACUCACGUAGAGGAAGAUUCUAUCUUGUCUUUGCCCAAAUUUAAUGUUUCACACCUCAAACAGAAUCUUCCAUCUCGAAAAUUAUUUUUAAAAGCAGCAAGAAACAUGCACAAGAAAUCAAUUCUAAAUGGUCUCUUGAGGAAGGGGUUUGGUACCCCCAAAAUGAUGCAUUUAUUGUACAUGACAAAUUAUAAUAAAAAGAAAAAAGAGAAAAGGAAGAUGCAAAAGAAGGGAAAUCUUUCCCCAUGAAUUUUUAGAAAAUGGAGUGGGGUGGGAUAAACAAAAGAUAGAAUUCACGUUUUCAUUUUUCUGCUUGCCAAGUUUACAAACAACUACAAAUCAAUAGUCUUUGGUUUCGAUGCCAAUUUAGUAAUCUAUAUUAUCAUAUCUUCAGUUGAACCUUAUAUUAUGAAAGUUGCAUAAAUUUGGGGUCUUUUUAUGAUUUCA